AUGGCGGGUGUAAGCAGCUGCAUGAAGUACUCAAUGUUCUUCUUCAACUUCUUAUUUUGGCUGUGUGGUUCCGUUAUUUUGGGAGUGUCUAUAUGGAUACGUGUUAGCAAAGAUGCUCAGCAGGAGUUGGAGAUAGACAGCAGUGUGUUUGCAGGGGUUGAUCUGCUGAUAGCCGUGGGCUCCAUCAUCAUGAUCCUUGGGUUUCUGGGGUGCUGUGGUGCCAUAAAGGAGAGCCAGUGCAUGCUGCUGUUGUUUUUUAUCGGAUUGCUUCUGAUCCUGAUCCUUCAGGUCACAGGAGGUAUUUUAGGAGCAGUGUACCGAUCUCAGAUUGAAACAUCCCUUAAGAAGAAUCUCCAGGAGAGUGUGAAUUCAUUGCAAAGUUCUACAGAAGAAUCUAAAGUGUUUCAAGAGAAGCUCCAGAAGUUUCAGACAAUGAACCAGUGCUGUGGUUUGCUGAAUGGACCUUCAGACUGGGGAAAAAAUAUCCGUAACAGUAUAAUCUGUGAGUGUGAACUAAAGAGCUCAGCAGAUCUCUGCACCUACUAUGACGGCAGAUACGUUUACAAAAAUCCUUGUGGAGAUGUGAUUAUCGAAUACCUUAAAGACCAUCUGCUCAUAAUUAUGGGGAUUGCCUUUGGACUGGCUGUUAUUGAGAUUCUUGGUUUGGGGUUUUCUAUGAGCCUCUACUGCCAGAUCCGGAGAAAAUGA